AUGCUGAUCGAGCUGUCUCUCUGGGUCACAAUCGGAGGCAACGGCUUCCACCAAAAGAACCUCAGCAAUGAGACAAUGACCAACUUCUACAAAAUCUUCCUCUCCAACCAAUUCACCUACUUCCUCAUCGGCCCCACCAUCAAAGUCUCCAUCAUCUGCUUCUACCGCCGAGUAUUCACCGUCCCCACCUUCCAACGCACCUCCUUCGCCAUCAACGCCCUAAUCAUCCUCUGGGGCGCCGUCAUCUUCCUCGCUUGCGCACUCCAAUGCCGCCCCCUCAACGCCUACUGGGACCCCAACGUCCCGGGCCAGUGCUUGGACGACUACAAACUCAUCGUGGUCAACCAAAUCUUCAACGUAAUCAUGGACUUCGUGAUCCUGGCCCUCCCCCUCCCCAUGAUCUGGAACCUCCACCGAACCUGGCAAGAGAAGCUCGCCCUGAACGGCGUCUUUGCUCUCGCCGCCUUCGUCUGCUUCGCCAGUAUCUUCCGCGUCGUCGUCCUCUUCUGGAUCGACGCCGACGACAUGACCUACACCGUCUACCAAGCUACCCUCUGGACCCACAUCGAGCCCUCCAUCGGCCUCAUCUGCUCCUGUCUACCCACCAUCCGCGGCUUAUUCCCGAGACUCAAACUCCCCAGCCACCACCACACGAAUAAGAAAUAUCAAUAUCCUAACAGAAACGGGGCACCCUAUUCCGGUACCACGGACGUGAGUACCUCGCAUUUGGGUCGCAAGUCCCCCGCCGUGGAAGAUGAAUAUAUUCGCAUGGAGGAGGGGUUCGCGGCCAGGGGUAGUAUUGCCUCAAGGGAUAGGGCGCAGUCGUCGAGUGCGAAGACGGAAACGAGUUGGUUGGACAUUACGGUCAGGACGGAUAUUGAUAUUCGGCAGGAUAAGUUGUCGCAGAUUGAUGUGUGA